UCUUGUUCAGCACCCAAAGUCGAAGGAUAGCUCUGGCCUUUCAAUGGAAGAAAGUGCUAGAUUUGUCAGUGUUGUAUAAUAUAACCAAUUCUCAGUGUCCAUAUUUGUUUGGGAACGAUCGGAAUUGUCUACAUUUACUGUGAGGGACACAACUGGCGUCAAACAUGCGUAAAAAUCAACGCUAUCCAAGCAGGGAACCACCGAGAAAGGAAUUAUCGCCGCUCAUCUGAGGCCAAUCUCCAUUAUUUUUGUCAAAUAAGGAAACAUAACACAGCUAGCCAGCUAACGUUAGCUCCGCAGAUAGCUAGGCGAGUCUUCACACACACACAAAACAGAAUUUUUUUUUAGCAGAUAAUCAAGAUUGGAUCUCCACUCGCACAGCAGCAGGAAAACCUAUAGGCAGCAAUGGGUGCAUUCCUGGACAAGCCGAAGACGGAGAAACAUAGUGCCCAUGGUGAGGGCAAUGGGCUGCGUUAUGGCCUAAGCUCCAUGCAGGGCUGGAGGGUGGAAAUGGAGGAUGCCCACACAGCUGUGGUGGGCCUUCCCCAUGGACUCACUGACUGGUCCUUCUUUGCUGUCUAUGAUGGUCACGCUGGCUCCCGGGUGGCCAACUACUGUUCCGGCCACCUGCUGGAGCACAUCUUGUCAGGAGGGGCUGAAUUUGGUUCAGGACCCGGCUCCGUGGAAGGCGUGAAGGAUGGCAUCCGCUCUGGCUUCCUGAACAUUGACGAGUAUAUGCGCAGCUUCUCUGACCUGCGGCAAGGCCUGGACCGCAGCGGAUCAACAGCCGUGUGCGUGCUGCUCAGCCCGACCCACCUCUACUUCAUUAACUGCGGCGACUCGCGGGCUGUGCUGAGUCGAGACAGCAAGGUGGGCUUCUCCACCCAAGACCACAAGCCCUGCAACCCACGUGAAAAGGAGCGCAUCCAGAAUGCUGGCGGCUCAGUCAUGAUCCAGAGGGUAAAUGGCUCCCUUGCUGUGUCCCGGGCCCUGGGGGACUACGACUACAAAUGUGUGGAUGGUAAGGGCCCUACGGAGCAGCUGGUGAGCCCUGAGCCUGAGGUGUGUGUGUUGGAGCGGGUGUCCGAAGGAGACGAAUUUAUAGUGCUGGCGUGCGAUGGAAUCUGGGAUGUCAUGUCCAACGAGGAGCUGUGUGAGUUUGUCCGCUCACGGCUGCUGGUGUGUGACGACCUUGAGAAGGUCUGUAACUCGGUGGUGGACACCUGCCUGCACAAGGGGAGCAGGGACAAUAUGAGUGUGGUGCUGGUGUGUUUCUCCGCAGCUCCAAAGAUCUCAGAGGAGGCUGUGAAGAAGGAAGAGGAAUUGGAUAAAUACCUGGAAACUCGUGUUGAGGAGCUUAUGGGGAACUGUGGGGAUGCAGGAGUCCCUGACCUGGUAUCUGUCCUAAGGAGCAUUGCUACAGAGAACAUCCCCAACCUUCCCCCUGGUGGAGGCCUGGCCAGCAAGCGGAGUGUGAUCGAGGCGGUGUACAACAGGCUGAACCCUCACAGAGAAGAAGAAGGGGCCUGUGCGGGGGGAGAGGAGGAGGAGGAGAGUGAGGAGGGAGGUGGCAGCACGGCAGCUCAUCUGCUGGAGGCUCUUCGGCAGUUCCGCCUGCACCACCGGGGGCAGUACCGCACGGUGCUGGAGGAGUCCCUGGCUGCCUACCAUCUGCGGGGGGAGAGCGCUGGGGAGAGAAGGAGGACGACCGACGACUGUGACAGCCAGGACGAACCUGCCUCCCCUCCCUCUCCCCCUUCGCCCCCGCCCUCACCCGCCAUUGCAGAGCCGGAGGCCAGCCAAGAUGAGCCUAUCCCAAAGUCUGAUCCCUCCUCUGACUGAGCAUCUGCCCGUAUACCCAUUCACCCUCUCAUCCAUCCUACCCCAGAGCUCUAGUGAGAUGCGCUAUGACCUCUCCUCCUCUGUCCUUCAUCACAGAACUUGAAUGGUCACAUGGGCUAUGUCCAACUCUGUACUCAAUAAUUCACUUGGAACAAAACAAAACAAAAAAAAAAAUAGUGUCCUUCUGUCCAUUCAAGUUCUGUUUCUGAGACACUUGUAUACCUUAGAUGUAAUGAGGACUCUUUGAUUUCCCUUUUUGUUUCUCCUCACCACUUUGGCUUGGAUUCCCAAACUUCAACUUGACCACAUAGACUGUUUACCACUAAAAAAAGAAAAAAAAGAAAAAAAAAAUACAUAUAUUAUUACAUGCAAAAGCGACUAGUGAAGCCAAAGUGAACUUUGCACUCUAUGGCCUACAUUUAUCACUAUUUGCUUCUGGCUGACCCCACCCUCAACCCCACCCUCAAGCCUCAUCCUCACAGCUUCUUACAGUGGAGGAACUGACAAAGAAAAAAAAGAGGAGACAAUCUGAACUACAGCUGUGCAACACACUGCACUGUCUCCAGGCCUACUCCAUCUACAGACUCAGAACACACUCUCUUCUUGUGUUUAUGUAUGUGUGUUUAUGCGUGCGUGUCUGCAUGAGUUUGACUGACCCAGCAAGAGCCCAGUCAUCACUACUGAAAUUUGUGUUUCUGAUAAGUUGUAAUACGUGACAGUUAACCCAUCUCUCAGCAUGCUUAGCAAUGGUAGGUUGUUCAAACCAAUCUUCCACAUUAUUUCAUCUUAAAACACUGCCUCAUAAGGACCCGUAGAGAUUAAAAUUGCUUUCUGGUUGAUACUUUUAUUGGGUAAGGGUGGAAGGUUUUCCAGAGGAUGUUGAGACGCAGCCUCUUUGAACACCAGAAAGCAAAAUUAGUAAAUGGAUAAAAUUACCAGACCUUCUUGAUGCCACGCGUUCAGUGAUGUUUUUCGCAACUAGACAUAGCUACAGUAGUUUGAAAGGCUAAGCACUACACUACAUGUGACCUACCUUUGUGCUAACAACUGUUUGAGUUGAAAUACUAUCGAAGGCAUGUUCACAGCUUAGCACUAGCAUUUCAAACUGGAAACGGGAGCCUUACUAAGAAAAUGUUAGCAUUAGAUAGCCUAACCUAUUGAAUGCUAACUGUAGACUGUAUCUAAAAGAUGGAUGUAGUUUAGGCUCUGGAGAGUGAAGAAUGCAGAAGUGCCUUAAACCUGCAUUUCUUCUAAUAGCCAGCAGGUGGGUGGCGACUCUGUUUUCAAAAAGAUGUCCUGUUGUAUAGAUGGGGGGAAAAAAAGACACUUUUUGCUCAUUGCCGUACGACUCAGUGAAGACGCUCUGUGGUUUAAAGUCUUAUAUAAUACAACAUGAUUUUCAUUUUGUAAAUUAUGGUCCCCGUUAGGGUAAAAAUGCCUUAGGGCAGGCCUACCUUCUCCCCAGCUCACAGUCAGAUUAACUUCUCACUUGUUUAAAAACAUCACCAACAGCAAAAACUCUAAGCUUGAGACUUCACAAUAGGACUUCACUAACCUGUGGGUGAGGUCACGGCGGCUACAGCUAUCUUUUAUAUGCCGUCUAUGCUGCACACCUGUUGUUAGCAAUCUUACCAAAGCACAGCUGAAUCUAAAAGCUGCUAUUCUGGCAAAGUGCAUAGAUUGCUGAAAGUCAAACUGUUAAAAAAAAAGAAGCUUAUUACUGCUGAUGAGAUUAAACAAUUUACUUUAGGGUAACAGUACGGUCCCUCCUCUUGGAAUUCCCCCGCUUUAAUUAGUUCUGUCAGUCUAAAGGUAGCACUUCAUGUGGGGUGGCGACCGCAAGUGUUUCUGCCUUCUUUCGAUUUGACCAAAAUGUUGGACUGACAGCUCCGUAUUACCUUACAAAAUGACACACAUCUAAAUGCUGGGUUUAGCAUGUGAACAAUGAAUUACACUUAGACUGCAGUUCAUAUGUUUUAUGUGAGAUGGGUUUUUUUUCUCUGUUGUCUGUAAUCAGUUCACAGUAUCAAUAAUCGAGGCUUUCCUGAAGUCCCCUGUAGCUUCUGUUGAAAACCCACAUGCAGCAUAUUGUAUUCCUCACAGUUUGCACCGUUGCCUGUUCAAAACGACUCAAUCGCAAACACUUACCUCGGUGUAAAAGUUUAAUUGAAGCUGACCUCUUGACCUACAGGGUUUGUUUCUUAUUCAGGUAGAGGGAGGUUACUGUGAGUCUGUACAUGCCCUGUAUUCUGGUAAUGCAUGCACUUACCUUUUCAGUAUCUAAAACACUUAACUAUCAAAGGGGAGGUGACGCUAAACAGUGUGCGUAUGGUUGCGUGCUUGUGUGUGUGUGUGUGUUAUAUUUCUAUGAUUUCUAUGUGGUUGUGUGGAACAGAUAAAUUCUGCAAAUGAAUAAAUAAAAAGGAUUCGAGGUGUAACACAAUGAUUUGUGUCAAGUGUGUCUUUCACUGUAAACUAACUGUAUAGCUUUAUUUCUUGGGUUUUAAUUAAUCAAUUAAAUUUUUUUUUUGAGGGCCCUGUACCAAAUCAGUCACAGUUGCAGUUUACGGGUAGUCAUAAGGGGUACAAAAACCCAUUCAAAAGUGAUUGUGUUUCAUGAUUAAUCAUCACAAUCCCAAGGCAACAUGGUGGCAUUUGUUACAAGACCGUUCCCUGACACUUUCAGUAGACAUUUCCAGUAUCAUUUACUCCAUUUAAUGUGUUGUGUGUGUGUCUGUGUAGGCUGUGAAGUAUUUGGAAACAGCUAAAGCUUCCUCGCUCUCCUCUGUCAGCUGUUAGCGCAAGCCUUGACCUCGUCUCGGCCGCUUGAAGAUGUUGUAAAGUGCCGUCGCCUUUAAAACAAAAGCAGCUCUCAGGUUUGAAAAGUCAAACUGAGCGAGGAGCGAGAGGAAGCCGUGUAGACGAUAGGGACUCCAUUCUCUCCAUUCCUCCCCUGUUUUUCAGUCUGACAGCUGGCCUUGUGAUUCUCCGCAAGAGUGCUGGUGACCUGGAUGACCCCUGGUAGCUGCGACAAGAACACCCCCACCCCCCCCCCCCACCCCCUCCUGGUGAUCCACGCAUCCACUCGGGGAGGAGGAAUGUCUCUCCAUUGCGCCAUGUCUUUCUCUACUAAAAGAGGGCAUGUGGUGUGUGCUGGAGUGCGUGAGUGUGCGUAUGUUGGUUGUGCGUGUGUGUUUGUGUGCGUGUGCGCGCGUUUGCAGCAGUGGGAUGACGACGACGACGAAGACAACUACACACACGCAUACUGCUUUAAACUUGGAGGAAAAACCAGAAUCACUUCUCUGAAAAAAGAUUUUAUGAACUGAAGCAUUGUGAUGGUAGAGAUGAUUUUUACCAUUGAGGUGUUUUUUUUUGGUUUCUUUUUUUUUGUUGUUGUUGUUUUUUUCCCCCCAUUUUCUUUUCUUGAAUGUUGAUGCCUGACCUUACAAUGACAUGAGGACCUAUUAUGUGUGUGUGUUAGUGUGUAUGCGAGAGAGUUUGUGUGUGAGAGUGUUUCGAGGAGGGCCAAGAGGAGACAAAUGGUGGAUAAAGACUUUGUAUGUAAUUCUUCUUCUCCUGGACAUUUUUUUUUUUUUUUUUUUUUUUUGUGCUCCUGGGUCUGAUUAAUGCCUAACACCCUUGCUUCUUCCCUCUUAAAAGACACACACACACACACUCUCUCUCUAACUCACACAGACACACAAAUCAAUAACCACCCCCACCCCCACUUCCACCUGUGCACGUAUGUGAUGUGCCACCUUUGCAGGGCACUGCAUGAGGACUUUGGUUCUACAUGUACAGCUACGUGGUUUUUCUAAUCAACCAGAAUGGACGGCCAUUGGACUAAACUCGGAGGGACCUCUGGACACUGAUAGGCUUCUGAGGUUUAAAACACAAAGAUGACUUGGAUUUUAUUUUUGUUCACGCUGUUAGGAUGAUGAUGAUCAUCAUGAUAGGGAAAUGGCAGGUUUUCACUGAAGAGCUGAGGGCAAGUUGGACUCAUGGCUUCGUGGUUGUUGGGUUUGAUUGGGGGGUAGGUGGGUGGGGUUCAGUAUGCUCCCUGGUCUGCCUUCCCACCAUCGCAGUUGGAGGUGCACAUGAUGACAGACUGUCCUUGCAGAAGAGUUUUUUUUUUUUUUUUUUUGUUUUGUUUUUUUUUGAUGUUGUCCAUGAGGUUACUAGCUGCUCGCUGUGUAGAGUGAGUGAACUCCCUGUUUUAACCCUGUUCCUGGUUCUCAGACUGCAUUGGUAAUGUUUGUAUUGCUGUUGUUUGAUUGCACUCACAUUUGAUUACAGAAAGCGUCUAUAUAUGAAAUAAAAUAC